AUGCCCUCAUUACUUCCUCAUAUGAUGGAGGACUCAUGGCAAAACUGGCUUUCUUAUUUGGGAAUGAAUGCGAACUGUGGCUACACCAUCGGUGUACCCUUUGAAGAGAUGGUAUGGUUGAACAGUAGGCAGGGUUGUGAUAGCCCUAACAAUGAGGUAACAUUUAAUGGGGUAAAUGAGGAACACUCAGAUUGUGUAGGGAAGCAUGAGGAGUUGGAGGAGAAGGGAAGGGAGAAGAGAGGAACAAAAAGGGUAAGAACCUCUUCUGAGAUAGAAUAUCACCUAAUGUCAGAGAGAAAAAGGAGACAGGAUAUAGCAGAGAAAUUCAUUACACUCUCAGCCACCAUACCUGGCUUGAAGAAGAGAGACAAGGCCUCUAUACUUGGGGAAGCCAUAAAGUACAUGCGACAACUUCAACAACGCAUAGCAGUGUUGGAAAAAACGAGUAAUAAUAACAGUGAAAAGGCGUUAAUCAUCACUAAAACACAGCUUUGUUGGGCAUCAUGUGAAGCAAACUCUAACAGUGAAGUGGUCCCUGAAGUUGAAGCAAGAGGGUUAGAGAAUGAAGUGCUGAUUAGAAUCUACUGUGAGAAACAAAAGGGCAUCAUUCUCAACUUAAUGACCCUUCUAAAACAUGUUCAUCUGUCAGUAACCAGUAGCAGCAUAUUGCCAUUUGGAAAUUCUCUUCUCAACAUCAUCGUAGUUGCUCAGAUAAGUGAGAAGUACAACUUGACGGUAUCUGAUUUGGUUAAUACGUUGAAGCAGGAUCUUUUGAAGUUUUAUAAGGUGUAA